CGCGGCAAAAAGGAUUUGGCGCGCAAAGGCGCGCGGGGCCGGCGCGCCGAACAAUCCGGCGGCGGGCGCAGCGGAGCCGGAACCGGAGCCGGAGCGCAGCGGCCCCGCGCCCGCCAUGGGCCGCGCCCCUGUCCGCGCCCUGCCCGCUGCGCCGCCCGCCGCACCGGCGGCACGGGCUGCCAUGUGAGCCAUGGCGGCGGCGGGCGGCGCGGCGGGGCUGGCGGCGCUGCUGGGCAGCGCCUCCCCGCACCUCCUGAUCGUCUCCGCCGCCGCCGAGGAGCCCGCGGGCGGCGGCCACCCCGAUACCGACCUCCUGCUCUUCGCCACGCCGCAGCCCGCCCGCCCCGGCGCCGCGCCCAGACGGCCCGCGCUGGGCCGCCCGCCGGUGAAGAGGAAGCUGAACUUGGAGACGGAUCACCAGUACAUAGCGGAGAGUUUGCCAGUGAGCCGGGGCAAGGCCAGGAACCCUGCUAAAGGGGCAAAGUCUCCUGGAGAGAAGUCCCGGUAUGAAACCUCCCUGAACCUCACCACCAAGCGCUUCCUGGAGCUGCUGAGCCAGUCCCCAGAUGGUGUGGUGGACCUCAACUGGGCGGCCGAGGUGCUGAAGGUGCAGAAGAGGCGCAUCUACGACAUCACCAACGUCCUGGAGGGCAUACAGCUCAUCACCAAGAAAUCCAAGAACCACAUCCAGUGGCUGGGCAGCCAGGCCACCGUGGGAGCGCCAGGCCGGCACCGGCUGCUGGAGAAGGAGCUGCGGGAGCUGCAGGCGGCCGAGCGGCAGCUGGAUGACCUCAUCCAGAUGUGCACGGUGCAGCUGCGCCUGCUCACCGAGGACCCCGCCAACCAGCACGCAGCCUAUGUCACCUGCCAGGACCUCCGCAGCAUCGUGGACCCCGCGGAGCAAAUGGUGAUGGUGAUCAAAGCCCCCCCAGAGACCCAGCUGCAGGUGUCAGACCCUGCAGAGGCGUUCCAGGUCUCCGUGAGAAGCACUCAGGGCCCCAUUGAUGUGUUCCUGUGCCCCGAGGACAGCUCGGGGGUCUGCAGCCCUGUCAAGAGCCCCUUCAAAGCCCCUGCUGAGGACUCUCCUCCCAGCCAUUCACAGCCCAGAGCCCCCCUGCUCCUGCAUCCUGCCCAGGAUGUGAACAUGCCUCUGCUGCCUGGAGAGCAAGAAGCGCUGCUGCCAGGGCCGAGCGCGCUGCCCAGCAAGGGCCCGGAGGAGGAGGAGGAGGAGCAGGAGGAGGAGGAGGUGAGCCUGUCUCCCCUGGCCUCCAUGGACAUGCUGCUGGAGCAGAGCAGGGAGGACCUGGCGGGUUUCCUGCCCGAUGAGUUCAUCAACCUGUCGCCACCCCAGGCACAGGACUAUCACUUUGGGCUGGAGGAGGGCGAGGGCAUCAGCGAGCUCUUCGACUGCAACUUUGGGGACUUCACCCCCUUGGACUUCUGAGGCUGAGCCCACCUGGGUGUUUGGGGCAGUGCCAGGGGAGGGGCAGCCCUGGCAGGGCAGGGCAGGGCAGCCCCUCUGGCUCCAGCGCUCCCUGUUCUCCCCCAUCCCUUUUUGCAAUAUUUUCUCGUUAUCCCUCCAGCCCGGUGGCAUCCCCAGCUCCAGCCCCACCAGGAGGAUGCCAGGGUGGGGUUCCCAACUUGGGGGACCCCCCCAUAGGGCCCUGACCAGGGGCACUGCCCAGGGCAGAGCCACUGCCCCCCAGGAGCCCGUUCCAGAGCUUUAAGCAGUCCUGUGUAUAGAUUAAUGAUUUGAUUAAUUUAUUAUUGUCCCCUGGGGACAGCGUUUCAUUUCCAUGGGGGUUUGGGGGGCUGUACAGCAGAGUGGGGGUGCUGAGAGUUUUUGUUGUGCUGGGAGGGGGUGGUGGAGGUGUGGGGGUGCUGGCUUAGGGCUGUCCCCCUGCCUGGGGGCUGCCCACAGCCUGGCUGAGCGUGGGGUAUUUAUUUAUUAUUUAUGGCAUGUGGAGCUCUCCCAGGACAUGGAGGGGGCAGGAGGGAGCAGGAGGACGGUGCUGGUGGGACAUGGAGGGUGUGACCAGGGUCUCACCAGCACAUCCUGGCUUUGCUUGUGUCCAGAAGGGGGCUGGCAAGGCCACGGCUGUGGCAGGUGGCAGUGGGGACGGGGCUGAGGGGGCUGGUGGCCCUGGGACCGUGCGCUUGUCCCCUCAGGGGACACAGAGGUGGCCAGGGGGAGCGUCUCUGCAGGUGAGCACCCAACGCUGUCUCCAGGCUUUCCUUCCCCUCCCUGUGCAGCCCUUUGGCUCUGGCUCCCCAAGCCCAGGCCACUGGGGCUGGGAGAGGAGGGGAGGGGGAUCCUGGGGUCCCCCUGGGCCGAGCUGGAGACGCACUUUCACUUUUACUGCCAUUUAACAAGCUUGUGUUCCUCUGAGCUUUGUGUUUAAUAAAGGUUUCUACUGACUCUGC